AUGGAACAAGCAUAUCUGAACCACAUGUUCCACAGAGUUGCAUUGACAGGCGAUACAUCAACUCUCGACUCUCUUCUCUCUAAUGAAAGGGUAUAUGAAGCAGUCUUAUCACAGAACGUGCUACAUUUUGCAGCAUUCUACGGAUAUGAAGACUUGGUCAGGGCCUUGUUUCGUCGGUUCCCCACACUUGAGCGCCUGAAAGCCUCGACAUUGAUCAAAUCUCUGCCUCUACAUUUAGCCGCAGAGAAAGGUCAUUUGAAUAUCUGUAAAUGGCUGAUAGAAGCCUACCCGGCUGCAUGCACUGAGUCCAAUGCCAAUGGAAUGAAUCCACUCCAUCUGGCUGCCCAAGAAGGCCAUCAUCUUGUAUGUGGGGAGUUGCUUGAUAAGUGCCCAGUGGCGUGCAUAGGGCUGAAUAGUCUAGGAAUGAAUCCACUUCACAUUGUCGUUCUGAAGGGGAAUCUAGAUGUACUCCGCCAGCUUUUGAACAAUAGUUUCACUAAUAUGGUUGUGAAGCAAAGGCUCCCUCAAGGGCAAACCAUACUGCACGCGUGCGUCGCCUCCGACCAAUUAGAUUCGUUAUGGGUUUUAGCAGAAAAGCCCUUUCUGUGGUCCGGGCUGAGAGGAGCCAAGGAUGACGAUGGAAACACAAUGUUGCAUAUCGUUGUUGCAAAUACGCAACAUGAAAUUUUUGAAUACCUGGUUUCUGAAAACAAUGUCGCGUGUUUGAGUAAAAACAAGAUAGGGAAGUCCGAGCUUGAUCUUGCGGGCGACAACAACGAGAUGAAAUUGGUGUUAUCACAUCUCGUGCCGGUGCGGUAUGUGUUUGUAGGAAUUGCAAUGGAUAUGGUUUUCGCUAUACCUCUAGCCACUUUGGCAUAUCAAACCACUGCCUCUCCGCCUGGUGGCGUGUGGCAAGACGCCACUUCAUACCAUACCCCUGGUGAACCUAUCCUUCUUCAUACAUAG